UCAUAAAAAGUCCGACCGAAUCCUGUAAAAGCCAAAAAUUGGUUGAUUUAUCCAUAAUUUUAACACAAUAUCACAAAAAUUUGAUAAAAACAUGAAUGAUAGCAAUAUUAAUAAGUGGUAGAUUGACUUACUUCAACUUUAAUUAAGCACAUACUUCUGUUACGAAUUUGUCGCUCGUUUGAUUUCCGUAACAUUUACAGCAAUACCUCGGCUGUAACGUGAGUAUAGGUGUGGUGAGCGGCAGCUACAACCAUGGUGAUACAGUGCUGAAGACACCCACUUUUUCUUCUUUCUCAACAUUCCAAUACAAUAAAUAAAGAUUUCAAAAUGGCAAGAUACUUUGAAACAUCUACCACUUUCAACUUCAGUUGGGAGCAAGUGGCCUGUGCCUACUGGAAGAGGUAUCCUAACCCUGAAAGUACCCACGUGUUGUCUGAAGACACCUGCCAUCGCGAGGUGCGGGAUGGCUGUCUGUACACCAAGAGACUACUCACUAAAACCAACAGAGUACCCAAAUGGGGGGAAAGAUUCUUCAGUGCAAAAUCGGUGAAGAUAAUUGAAGAAAGCAUUGUGGACCCAAAAAACAAAGUUCUAGUCACAUACACACGGAAUUUGGGAUACACAAAAGUCAUGAGUGUAGUGGAGCGCGUGGAGUACCGGCGCGCGGGCGCGGACACGGUGGCGCGCCGCGCGGCCUGCAUCGACUCGCAGGUGUUUGGCUGCGCGCGCGCAAUCCGAGCGUUCGGCAUCGAGCGGUUCAAGAACAACUGCCAUCAGAUGGUGAACGGCUUCAACUUCGUCCUCCACAACAUGUUUCCCAAACAAUGCCCCACCUCCACACAAUCUCCCACUUUAGUACCCACCUUCAAGGAGAUCCGGACCGCCGCCGCCGCCACCGCCGGCCGCGCCAAGGCGAAUGUACUACACUCGGUUAAUAGGACUUAACCCGAUGAUGACGGGAAAUAGGGGAUGGACUGAGAUGGGAAAGGAUAAGAUUUGUGCGGUUUUUGGAUAGGAAUUUUUGGAUUGUCUUUUGGUA